UGCUAAGAUGAGAAAAUGCAGCAUCUAGCAUUUUCGCUCUGUGGUUUGAAUUGUAAACUUAUUGGAUCUAUGCGCCAGCUUGUGACCAUCUACGAAAGACGUCACAAUUGAUUUUCGAUGUAACGAUUUGACAAUUUCGUUCGGGGGCUGCACAACACGCAACUUUCAUCACACACAUACGUGAAACAGUGGCGACGGCCUACUGUUUAGGGUUGACCAGAAGCAGACGACAAACUGUCACGUGCGCUUCGAAUUUUGGUAGCGCGAUUCUGGAAGUUUACAACUGGUAAACGAUGGCACCAAAAACCCCGAGAACACCCCAGACUCCUUCGAAAUUCGGAACCAAAGUCGAGUGGAAAAGUUGUGCCUCUUGUGCCUGCACUUUUGUCUUACGGGAUUCACUUAGGCACGAAGCUGUCUGCUCUGUUUUAGCAAGCCAAGAUUACUCAGACGCUGACGUCAACCAUGGAUUUGUGUUUAAUAAACGACUCUGCGCAGUCCUUGACGAUAAAACUUGCAAAGAAUGCCUGCAACAUGUGCACAAGUUACAAAAAUCCCAUGUUGCACUUGUUUCCCCCUCAGCCAUGCAGUUGUGUGGGAUCGUAAUAGGAUCUCACGUUGAAGUGGAGACCUUUGAUUCAAAGUCAUCCAUUUUUGUAGCUUGGCCUUGUUGCCAUAUCCCACCCUCAUCAAUUUUUAUUGAUCCUGAAAUUCUUAGGGUGAUAUCCAUGGACCAGCAAAAGAAUCUUUACGUGUCUGCACCAAGCGAAAACAAGCACAUAGCAGCAAAAGUGCACCUGAAAAUUGCAUUACGAGACAACCCCCCACUUGAAAUCACCCAACUGGAAAAUGUUUUUCUUCAUCAGUUUGACAGUCAUCUUUUGAGGAAAGGCAACCGCUUUGCUCUUAAACAUCUAGGCAAAAAAUGGUUGAUUACUGUAGAGAAAGUGAUUCGAUCCGACAGCGACAGAUCAAAUGACGAUCUCUCAGCUGGAAUGAGUUCAUUAACGGUGGAUGUCAUCCAAUCACGAGACUAUUCACUGGUCCUUUCGAAUACUAAUAUUUGUUUCGAUGCACCGAAUGAGGUUUCCUCUGAUCCUUCAUUCGUAGAACUAAGUGACUUUGGUGGCGCCCACGAUGUGGUCGAAGAGAUAAAAAAGUUGUGCACAAGCGUCUUUCAAGCAACUAACCCAUCAAAAAGCGUAGGUCCCAGAGGAAUGCUCUUGUACGGACCCCCAGGAACGGGAAAGUCACUUUUAGUUCGUGCUGUGGCCGGCCACUUCAAAGUUCCCAUGAUUACCAUUCAAGGUCCAGAGUUGUUCAGCAAGUACUACGGAGAAACCGAAGCACGACUAAGGGAAAAGUUUGAAGAAGCCAUUAAAAAAGACUGUUGUAUCAUCUACUUGGACGAAAUCGACUCUCUGUGUCCAAAAAGAGACUCUGGCUCAUCAUCUCAUAGCGAUCAGGAACGCCGGGUAGUUGCCACUUUACUUUCUAUGAUCGAUUCCAUCCCACCCCAAGCACGUGUCGUGAUAAUUGGGGUAUCAAGCCGACCAGACGCAUUAGAUUCUGCUAUGAGAAGACCCGGGCGAUUGGAUCGUGAAUUGGAAAUCCGAGCUCCAACUGUCGCCGAACGCAAAGACAUUCUUAAUGUUCUUCUCAGAAAGAUUCCGCAUCGCUUGGAAACCAAAGAAAUCGACCAUCUGGCUUCAAUCACUCAUGGUUUCGUCGGGGCAGAUUUAUCUCUCCUCUGCGCCGAAGCUUCGCUAGCUGCAGCAAAGCGCAUCAUAUCCGGCCCCGCAUCUACUGCCGAAGUUUUUCUGUUGGCCGAAGAUACAAAACAGGCCUUACAUUUAGUCAAACCGAGUGCAAUGAGAGAAGUGCUGGUUGAAGUGCCAAACGUGCGUUGGACAGAUAUUGGAGGACAGGCUGAGUUGAAGCUCAAACUGAAACAAGCUGUCGAGUGGCCUUUGCGCUAUCCGGAAGCUUUUCAACGACUUGGUGUCGAACCACCACGUGGACUUUUAAUGUUCGGACCCCCUGGCUGUUCGAAAACUAUGAUCGCCAAAGCUUUGGCCACGGAAAGUGGAUUGAACUUUAUCGCCGUCAAGGGCCCAGAGUUAUUCAGCAAAUGGGUGGGGGAAUCUGAGAGGGCUGUCCGUGAAGUGUUUAGAAGAGCACGCCAAGUUGCUCCGGCGAUCGUUUUUCUCGACGAACUGGAUGCUCUGGGAUCAGCCAGAGGUUCGGGCUCUACUUCAGCCGGUGUAGGAGAUCGUGUGUUGGCCCAGCUGUUAACUGAAAUGGAUGGUAUCGAGGCAUUAAAGGACGUCACCGUUGUUGCUGCAACUAAUCGACCCGACAUGAUUGACAAAGCACUGCUUCGACCAGGGCGUUUGGAUCGCAUCGUCUAUGUAUCUCUGCCGGAUGAAGCUACGCGAAAAGAGAUUCUACAGUUGAAAUUCAACAAUAUGCCUAUCCAUCCUGAAGUUUCAUUGGAUUGGCUUGUAUCAAAUACAAGUGGAUAUUCGGGAGCUGAGGUGACCGCUGUGUGCAACGAGGCAGCUUUAAGAGCAUUAGAGGAAGAUAUUGAAGCCAAACAAAUCUGUAGGCGUCAUUUUGAUUUUUCCUUAUCAGUUGUAACGCCUCGCAUUACAUCAGAGACCGUGAAUUUUUACGAGAAUUAUGUCAAAGAAAGUGGUUUACACGCCAUAUGAUCUGGUUCACGAAUGAAAUAAAAAGAAAACACGUAAAAAUUCA